GUGCAUUGAGAUUUUAAUUUAAUCUACUUUACAAUACAUACUUUGGCUAGGUGCACACUAAAAUUGUCAUAACUUGUUGUUUCAUUAAAUGUACUAUCAGAAAUAGUUUCUUGAUCAAAAAUAUAUCGUGGCUGUGAUAGUAACAUGUUAUAUUCUCGUCUGCUGGACGGUUUCUGUGGGAGAGGGAAUCCCUAGCUAAACGUCAUUACCAAGGAUACCAAACAAAAACACAACCCCAUAAAUGGGCACGUACGUCAGCGGAACUCCUAGGCGGGACUUCGUAUCCUUUACAAUGCUUCUCUCGUACUCCAUGGAUUCAUUCAUAAGACAAGACUCGCUUCUGUGGACUGUGACUCUAUAUCGCUGAUCAGUUUACGCACAGUGGACUUUUACAUGGAUCUAUCAUUGCACAUUGUAAAAAGGGGACGAAGGACAUAUUUUAGCGGAUUCUGAAUCGGAUCGAUGAGUUUUUAAAAAUCCGAAACGUAAGGACUGUUUCCAUAGCAGCGAACUGGAUUUCCUUCUUCAUGCAACUUUUUUGGAAAGAGACCAAGAGCAUCUUACCGGAGCACAAUAAGGAACACAUUAACGCAGGUGACAUCGCACUCACUCCGGGAACUGUAGGUUUCUCUCUCGGCUCCGCCCGGGAAAUGUUCCAGGGAUUCCCCGGUGACUUUGAUUCCGUCUCCCGUGGAAGUUCAUCCCCGUCUAUUGAGUCUCAGUACUUUUCCUCCGUGGACUCCUUCGGGAGCCCGCCGGCCAGUGCCUCACAGGAUUGUGUGUCUGCUGGAGGCGGGGUAGGGGUAAGCAGUGGUUCCGGGGGCAGCAGUGGAGGAGUGGAUAUGCCAGGCUCCUUUGUGCCCACAGUCACAGCCAUCACCAGCAGCCAGGACCUGCAGUGGAUGGUGCAGCCAACUCUCAUCUCGUCCCAGGCCUCUGGGCAGAGUGGGAUGGGGACCUCUACUAUGACCCAGUCUGUGUCCCUGGUAGACCCUUAUGAUCUGCCAGGGCCCAGUUAUUCCUCUGGCUCAGGUUUUACUCCCGCAGGCUCUGGUACCCCGGGGCCAGGCCCAGCCCCGGGCCCCAUCCGUCAGUCCAGGACCCGUAGCCGCCGUGUACGAGACGAGUCUGUGAGUGACGAUGGAGAUGUUGGUGUGUUUUUGACUCCAGAGGAGCAGGAGAAGAGGCGUGUUAGACGCGAGAGGAACAAGCUGGCAGCCGCCAAAUGCCGAAACCGCCGGCGCGAACUGACUGACAGACUGCAGGGGGAGACUGACAUCCUGGAGGAGGAGAAGUCUGAGCUGGAGGCUGAGAUCUCUGAGCUGCAGAAGGAGAAGGAGCGCCUGGAGUUUGUCCUGGUGGCUCACCAGCCCAGCUGCAAGAUCCCCUACCAGGAGCAGCAGGCCUCUGGCUCCACACAGCUCCAGCAUCAGCCCCUACUGCCCCAACAGGCCCCCGUCUCCAUCGUGGGCUUGACUGUGGAGGACACUUUCUACCUGCCUCCCGCCUACACCUCGCAGCCCUCCACUUCACAGCAGCAACAACAACAGCAGCAGCAGCAGCAACAGCAGGUUCAACAGCAGCAGGUUCAUCCGCAGCCGGGGAUGAUGCAGGAGGUAGCGUUUUCUAGUUCUUUCUAUGGCUCAAGCGAGCCUGCGCCGGGUGGGCCGUGCCUGGUGGCCGACAGUGGGGGUGGUGGUCACAAUGAUGGCGCGGCCGCUGGCAGCUACAACCCUUCAUACACAUCUUCAUUUGUGUUCAGCUACCCAGAGGGAGCCUGCGGGGUCAGCGCUAACCAGAGAAACAGCAGCAGCGAGCAGUCCUCUGAUUCCCUGAACUCGCCCUCGCUGCUCGCUCUCUGACUGACCGACAGACACACACACACACUACACGCACGCACACACACACCCCUGUGUCAAUCACGUACAUACGGCAAAAACCAGUUGCUCAUGAUAGACGAGGUCAACAACAUGGAUAACAUACAUCAUAUGAUGAUCCAUACAAACUCACACAUAUUCAGACCUGAAAAACAUGAAAUCAAACCAAGUUUGACCACAUAGCAUUUAGUGCAUAUAAGCCAUUGUUGUCCUUAUGAGAAAACUAAACGUAACUAACCAAGUAUUUGAAGUGAAUUCAAAUUGAGUCUAAAACUCUGGGCUCUGAGUUGUCAGUCGAUCUGUGAAACAUCCUCUGACAUCAUACCCAGCUUAAUUCACAAUGAAUCUUUCAACAUCUUGUGGCGUGCACGUACAGUGCACACAGUAAAUAGUAACAUGCUCACCUGCGAUCCCACAAGCACACUUAUCCACCCCUUCGUUCCCUCUGUCGGCCAUCCCUCUCUCACUGCUCCUGCUCUCAUCUUCUUCAUCCCUCUCUUCAUGCUGAAUGUAUUUGUGCAAGCUGAAAUAGGGAAGAAGGACUGAGGUUUGGGUCUUUUUUUGUGAGGCCAGACUGCUGAGCUCUUGCUCUCCCCUCCCGCCUUCCUCAUCCGCUCGGUUCCUCUUGCUUCUUCGUCAUUAGUUGUGACUUGGAAAGGGAAGGGCGUCACAGCCUCCAGCUAUCUGGCUCUUUCUCUUUUUAUCCUGCCGUCUACUCUUCGUCCAUCUCUCCAUCUUUGUUUCUCUCCUCUGUGUGUCUCUCUCUGUCUCUUUGAAGUCUUCGAACCCUGAGAGCACGCCGAGCCCUUCCAGCCCCUGGGACCUUGACUGAGCGCCGGCCCACCUCACACGUCCCACACGGACGCGGACGAACCCCCAACUGAGGAGCCCUGGAGUAUUUCGCUCAAAGCACACAAAAGCAAAAGCUAAAAAACACACACACACACACUGAAAAUACAACAAAUUUGAUGGACACAAAUGUAAAAGAGUUGUCACUCUUUUAUUUCUUCUCCUGGGCCAUUGUCGGAUGUUGAAACGAUGGAGAUUAAAUGAGACUUGUGUUGUGACGGUGAGAUGAGGAUGGCGGGAGAAUGAGAGAAGAGGCUUUAGCCGAGGUAGAGGUCUAGAGGGAGAGCUGAAACUUUGGCAGAGAGAGAGGAUGAGCCCCCUGUACUCGUAAGCCUGAAUGGAAUUUAAACAAUCCAAAAAAAUCCUGCUUUUGCCAACUGUAUGGAUGGGUUACCUCUUACCUGCAGAGUACCACCGCCAUACUUCAAGCAUCUGGAUUGUCCGCCAUUUGUUACUGAUACUAUUUUGUAUAAUGUUCUUCACCCUCCUUUAUCGCCAAGUAUUUUCUGUUGUUGUUUUUAAGUCUUACAUUUGACAGAGAAAAUAUCAUGGUGAGAAAAAAACAUUGAGAGAGGAAUGUACUUUUGGUAAAGAGCUUUUGUCAGACAUGAGUCUGUUGAUAACCAAUCUGUUUAAAAAAAUAUUACCUGUAAGGAAUAUUUAACCAACCUCUGAACAUUGGGAUGAGUGGCCUCUGUGCCUCUCCAAGUGGGAGGUGCAUUUAUUGUGAGUGUAUCUCACUCUGAGCCACUUGGCCCGCUUAUUUAUUUCUUGAUUGAGGUUGACAUGAUGAGAGAGCACAAUACGGAGCCGGACACACAGAGGAGACAAGAGGAGGGGGCUGUUUAUGAGUAUGUGUUCUACAUUUGUCUGUGAAUUUGUUCCUUUUAUUUCCAGUGACUUUUGUUAUGUUUGAGUUUUUUGUUGUUGCUUUGUCCUCGACUCUUACCUGUGUUGUCGCUGCCAGAGGCUCUUGUUCUUUUCCCCUUAAUGUUACAUUUACUAUUGCAUUGUAACUAUUAUUGUGUUAUUAUUGUAUUUUUUAUCUUAGGUUUGGCAACUUCAGAGGCAUGAUGUGCACUAUAAAAACAUUUUCUAUGUGUCAAAAGUAUACUUAAAAGCAUAUGCAUAUAGAUACAAAAAAAUGUGUAUAUUUAAGUGUAUGUACAAUUAUUGUGAAGUAUGAAUGUUUGAAAAUAUAAAUGGGAUAUUUUUGUCAAUGAAGAAACAGAGGUGCAGUUUUUGAGGCUGGUUUUAAAAUGGAUAUUUUUCUAAAAGAACAAAGAUUUAUAAAAAACGAUAAUACUUAACCAUUCCCUCAAUAUGACGCACAUUAUCACUGCCUGUGCUCAUAUGUUUUACAUAUAAAAGCACAUUAUUCAGGAUAACUAUAUCUAACAUGUGAUGCUGCGUGUAUUGCAGUUUGUCAAUAUGAUGAGAUUAUUGAGGUGGUGCUAUUGCCUUUUGCUUUUACAUUUGCCCGUUUGUUUGUUUUUCUCUGUGAGGUCAGUCCCAAUGCCUAUGCCGCCAAAGCUUAAUGUCACCACUUAGUCCCCUACGGACCCAAAAUGAGGAAACUAGUAUGAAUUGAAUGUCAAAAUACAUAUUAAAGUAUUAAUGAUGCAAAUAAUUUUUUAUUGAAUGUUUUUGUUGAGAACAGUCUGUUAGUCCAGUGUGCAUUCCUGUUCAAUAAAGUAGUUAUCGUGUGAUUCAAACAACAGACAUUUUUGGAGAGCUUUUCGAGAGUUGCUCUCAUAAAAAAAAAUCACCUCACAGUAGUAAUUGUUGCAUAACUUGAAAUAUCAAUGGAGGUGUGAUUGUGAUUUUUUUUUUUGUCUGGCUUAUCAUUAGAUGGGCUAAAGUCUUAGUUGUGAAUUGAAAAGAGGGCCCGUCCAUUUUUAUUGUGAAGCAAAAAAUGUAACUUAAGUGCCAGGCUUCAAGUGGUAAGACAAGGGACAGGCCUCAUAUGCCUUUUUUGAGUGACGAACUUCCAUGCCUUUUUCAUUUCCUUCCAUGAACCUACCAUGGCAUUGUUGAUGAUGUGUGAAAGGGGUUUAUACUGACAGAUGACACGGUCUGGACAAGUAUGGCUCGUGUACAGAAUGGUUUUGUGGUGCUACUUAUAGUAUAUCAGAUGAACUGAUCAUAGAACAUCCUGUUCUGGCAAAUUCACUUACAACUUAUCAGUGAUGAGGUCCAUGGGUCCUGUUCCAUCAAAACCGCUCGAAGAGUCUCCAGAGUUGGACAAAAAUAUACCAUGGUUCUUCCACUGAGUGAGAGCAUGUUUGAAUAUUCCUGACGCCGAUAUUCUUCUAAUUUCACACCCUAAACAAUGUCGCAUUGAUAUCUUGAAUUCCAACCAUGCAUUCUCUUAGAAAAUGUUAAGUCGUUUUUUUUCUUACCCUGGAAACCCAGUUACCAGUUUGAAAGAAUUCACACCUAUGUCAGCACCGGACAGAUCAGGAAAUGAGGUCUAGUUCACAUAAGUCUAGUUUUGUAAUCUGUACCAUCCAAGAGAGAGAACGAGAGAGACAGAAAGGUAAAGACAGAGAAAUAGAGAGAGGAGAAUUGAGGUGGCAGAGGGAGAGGGAGAGGGAGAGAACUUCCAUUUUGGAACUUCCUUUUCUCACAAUCCAAGUUGAGAUGGGCCAUGGACAUAUGUAGCAAUGAUGAAAUAAACUCAGUCACGUUGUUGUAGCAGUGGACCUGCCUUCAUACAAAUACCUCCAUACUAGACUGACUGGAACAGACAAGAGGUCUUUUACCAUUUUGCGUGGUUGACAAAUGCCUUAUUUUUCCAUGAGUUGCAAACUUGCAAUGUUAUGUAUUGAAAUUGAAACUUUGAAAUGCAACACUCAUAUCCUCUAGGAUAGACAUGUAUCAAAUCAUAUGAAAAGCUUAAUUUACACAGUGCCAGAAGUCUUCUGCACGCUCUUUCUGCUAUGCUAUGUGUCCAGUGUGAUCAUGUAUUGUCGUGAUUUUCCACCCCUAUUAUAAACUGUACCAUGAUCUUUCAUUCACAUAGCCCGGUAUCUAUGUUUGGGCCAAGAGGUCUUGACCUAAUUGAGUGGAGGUUGAGGGGCAGACCUUGAUUAUAAAUAUAUGAAUCUUCAAGAAAUAUUUUAAAACCCUUAAUUUUUUGCAUUUUCCUUUGAUGCCUUGUGACUGAUAUUUUUGGUUAUUUCCUUCAAUUGAACCUUUGUCUUUUCCUCGAAUGCCUUCUCUAGAAAGUCUAUUUCUGACUUUAUAUGUAAACAGAUGUUUGUCUUUUUCUGUGAAGCAAUGGUCGCAUUGUUGUGAUCAGCAGUGACUAAUGAAAAUGGACGCAGAAAUUUUACGGGAAUUUAUACUCAAGACAUUUUGAGACUAUUUGUAACAGCCGAGGCCCAAAACGAAAUAGGUUUUAGGCCUACCUGGAUAAAUAAAGGUUAAAUAAAAAAUAAAAUAAAUAAAACAUCUCCAGUGAUAGAUAUAAUGAUGGUGCUUUGAUAACUACACAUUUGUCCUUGUUCAGUGCAUAAAAUAAGUAUAAUAAUUGAUGAAAUGUAAUGCUCAAUAACCUUCUUUUGCAUCUGUUUCUGAGGGGAUCAAUUUAACCUCUGAUUAUCUUAUACAGUAUUGUCUAUCUUUUUCAAAUGGACCAGAUGUUAUGACAGUACACCUGUCAUAUUUCUCUCUCUCUCUCUCUCUCUCUCUCUCUCUCUCUCUCUCUCUCUCUCUCUCUCUCUGUCUCUCUCUCUCUCUCUCUCUCUCUCUCUCUCUCUUUCUCUUUCUCUUUCUCUCUCUGUCUCUCUCUCUCUCUCUCUCUCUCUGUGUGUCUCUCUCUCUCUCUCUCUCUCUCUCUCUUUCUCUUUCUCUUUCUCUCUGUGUCUCUCUCUCUCUCUCUCUGUGUCUCUCUCUCUCUCUUUCUCUCUCUCUCUCUUUCUCUCACUCUCUCUCUCUUUCUCUCACUCUCUCUCUCUCUCUCUCUCUCUGUCUCUCUCUCUCUCUCUCUCUCUCUCUCUCUCUCUCUCUCUCUCUCUCUCUCUCUCUCUCUCUCUCUCUCUCUCUCUCUCUGUGUCUCUCUCUCUCUCUCUGUGUCUCUCUCUCUCUCUCUCUCUCUCUCUCUCUCUCUCUCUCUGUGUCUCUCUCUGUGUCUCUCUCUGUGUCUCUCUCUCUCUCUCUGUGUCUCUCUCUCUCUCUCUGUGUCUCUCUCUCUCUCUCUCUGUCUCUCUCUCUCUCUCUCUCUCUCUCUCUCUGUGUCUCUCUCUCUCUCUCUCUCUGUGUCUCUCUCUCUCUCUCUCUCUCUGUGUCUCUCUCUCUGUGUCUCUCUCUCUGUGUCUCUCUCUCUCUCUCUGUCUCUCUCUCUCUCUCUCUCUCUCUCUCUCUCUCUCUCUCUCUCUCUCUCUCUCUCUGUGUCUCUCUCUCUCUCUCUGUCUCUCUCUCUCUCUCUCUCUUCUCUCUCUCUCUCUCUCUCUCUCUCUCUGUCUCUCUCUGUCUCUCUCUGUCCACCCCAUUCUAACUCCUUUCCCCCAUUCUCUCUUAUUUUACUUGACGGAGGGGAGCUUUACUCAUCGUUGUUCUUGAUAGACUGUGAAAGCUGAGUGAGCUUUCCCCUCCGUAACUGUUUAUAUUACCGUCCAAAUCUUUAUUUUGGAGAAAAUAGCAUUCAAUAAACAGCAACAUAGUAUCAA